GCUCUCACGCUCACCUCGCGCAGCGCCGCCAAGUCGCCUCACGCCCGCGCGGUCGUCGUCGGGUGUCUGUCGUCGGAGGGCUCCAGUCCCCGCGUCGUUCUCCGGACCUUUUUCAUUUUUAUUUUAUAAACAUUAUUUAUACCUCCGAGGUGGCGCGCGCCAGGAAAAAACUGAGCUGACGGAGACGCGCGAGAGACGCGCCACGAGAAGGCACCGCAGAGAGUAAAGGACCGACGCGGCGGAGCCCCGAAGGAAAUAUCCGCAGCACCUGCUCCUUCAAUUUCCUCACCGAGGACAUGGGGCUGCAGAUAACGCACACACACCGACGAGGAGAGCGCACGACUGCAUCACUGCGGCGCCAAUCGCAAAGAAUGCAAGGUCCUAAUACAAAUGUAGCCUAGGGAGCAUUCCGAGGGAAACAUCGGCCCCUAUUACGUCUAGUCUUCCACUUCAACUUGAGAUGUCUCUGUGGCCCCCGGUGCCCAUUCCUGCGUUGCCACGGCUCUCCCAGGUGUUUUUUUUGCAUCUGUUCUCCGCGAUGGAGCCCCGAGCCCGGCCGUCAGAUAGUCUGAGGGUGGUGUUCACCUUCAUCCUCCUCCUUGCCACAGGCUCAAGUGAAAAUGACCAGAGCUUGACAUUUUGUGGCACCUGGCGCCAUGGCCGGGCGCCGUGGCGCCCCAGCGAGAGGUUGCGCCUGGGCGUCAACCUCUCCCCGGGGUGUAACGGGAUCUCCAUCUCAGCCAACGAGAGCACUCUGUCCGUCGAUGGGCAGAUCACGGCCCAGUGUCAGCGGCAAGACGUGAUUCAACUCCACCAGUUUGGACUCGACUCCGGGGAGGAAAGCCACUUCUGUUUGUACUGGGAACCACUGGUGGACCAGCUGAAGCUGCAGGUCGGAGGAAAGAACCUGACUCUGUGCUGGCCCUCCCGCCUGCAGGGCUCCUGCUGCACGGAUCUGUCUCAAGGCCCCAAUGAGCCCGAGGCGCACUACGGCAUCGCCAACGGAAGGGUCCAGACAGACAUCAUCACCGACAAAACGCACGUCGCCUACAGGUUCAAUGGGCUCUCCAUCAGCUGCAAAGCCUUAUGUGACCAAGCGAGACGCGGACAAACCCAAGUCAACACGUUUGUAGACAGUGCUGACCAUCCCUGCGCUCGCAGCUUCGAGGUGGAGAUGAAUGAGGAUUUCACAGGCUACAACGUCACAUCUCCUGGCUCCAUAUUUGAGUCCACCGCCACCGUCCAUCUCCCCCCACUUCUGAAACAAGCUGCAAAGAAGAGCAGCAAAGUCGUCUGCACAUUCUUCAGAAACAACUCCCUGUUCCAGGAGGGUCACAAGAAGGUCAGGAUUCUCAGUGAGGUGGUGGAAAUCACCGUGGAGAACGAGAUCAUCACUAAUCUGCUUGAGCCAAUCAGGAUUAACUUUCACCACGACGCCCUACCUAAAAUGCAUUCAAGGAGAUGCGUUUCGUGGGACACCCGGAAAGAUCCAUUGCAGGUCAAGUGGUUGGUGGACGGAUGCGUGACUCAACAGAGGGGAGCGGAACACACCGAUUGCCUCUGUAACCACCUGACCUACUUCUCUGUGCUGGUGCAACUGGAGCCUCGACCAGUGCGCCAUCUCCUGGCACUGACCACCAUUACAUCUCUGGGCUGCGCCGUGUCGGUGAUCAGCUGUGUCGCCCUCAUCAUUUUUCUCUGUCGGAAGAGCAGACGAUCGAAGGAGCAGUCCAUAUCCAUCCAUCUGGGCUUAGCCGUGUCCCUCGCCAUCCUCAACCUGCUCUUCUUCUUCACCGGGGUGCUGGCCAACGUGGGAGGGGAGGGUUUGUGCGCCUGGGUGGGGGCCGCCCUCCACUACAGCCUGCUCAGCUCCUUCACCUGGAUGGGCAUAGAGGUUUUCAACACCUUCUGGUUGGUGUACAUGGUUUUCAGCCCCCCCCCAAAGCCCUACGUAUGGAACCUGGUCGGCUUCGUCCUCCCUGCGGUUCCUAUUAUCAUCCUGGCUGCAGUAGGUGGCAUUUACGGACAGAGAGAGGUGGUGCCAAGUGAUGACGUCUCUAACCCUUAUCUGAUGUGCUGGAUGAAAACAAACACCAACAAGGCCUUGCUGGCUCACUAUUUCACCACCAUGACGGUCCUGGUCAUUCUGGUGUUCUCGGGCAUUGCCAUGCUCUUCCUGGUCUACAGGAAGAUCAGCCCCAGGGACGAGUGGAGGAAGAACCGCGUGGCUUUCCUCAGCAUCUGGGGCCUCAGCUGCCUCUUUGGAACGACUUGGGGUCUGACCUUCCUGGACUUCGGGCACCUCUCUGACUUGGUUCUUUUCCUCUCCUGCAUCCUCAACUCUUUUCAAGGCUUCCUUCUAAUGCUGCGGUUCUCCAUGCUGGAGUGGAUGCGGAAACAGGCUGGUGGCUCCGCUCUUGGCAGCAACAGCACCGGAUCAACAAGGCAACACAUGCUACAGGCCCCGGAGAAGAGCUAAAUGGACUGAGAAAGGUGUGGGGAAAAGUUGCAGCGACCAAUCUUUUAUUUUUUUUAAAUUAUGUAAUAAUAAAUUGCUCUAAUCGGUGUAAAUGACGAAAUGGAGAAUGUAGAUUCACCGUUUCUUCAGUUGAGGCUAACUGCUGGGAAAUCCGAGCGAUAAACCCGCCACUGAGGAGUAAAGUCUUUAAAGUGAGCCACCAAUGAGCAGUGAAAAAGCUGUGGUAUCUUUUGGUAUGAAAUAUCACAUACAAAUUGGGUUGUAAACACAAGCACGCCGAGUGCAAUUCACGGACAUCACCUUAUUGGAUUUCCCUAAACAUGCCUUUGCUCUUUAGAGGUGAUGAUGAUAAAGAUGAUGAUGAUGAUGAUGAUGAAACGGUAGCUCAGCAGCUCUGUCACUAGACACCAGUCAUUCUUAAGGGGGGCAAAUUGUGUAGCUGGACAGUACAAGAGGAGCAGAAGCAUGUUCCCACCCCUGCUGGAGUUUUUUUUUAGGCUGGCUUAAAAACUAAAGCCGGAAACCAUAUGUCCACCGCUGACAGACUGUUCAAUGAGUCUGGUCAGGGAGGCCUCCGACAGCAAAAAACUGCACAUUGAGAUAUGUUUUGGAUUACAUAGAUCAUUCAACCAAAAUCAAAAUGAAACUAAAAUAGGUUACAUACUGUAGCUUUGAUUUGAGCCACACAUGGGUCUCACACAGCUGGUGUGGAGAUUAGCUAACUAUAACUAUAACUUUGCUGGAGGUAUUUUGAUCAGUCUGGUGUUGUAAACCUCAUCCACAUGAUUGUCAAACCAGGUUUAAAAAAAAAGAAAAGAAACUUGAUUACUGGAUUCAUCUUCUCUAAGGACGUGGAGAAGAAGUGACAGCAUCACUCAGGAACUCAUGAUACAGGCCUGGAGCCUGUUUUUGUAGAAUAUCUAGACUGGAUCUAGUUGUAGAAGGGAAAGAAUUUAUUUUGAGAUUUAAAAUUUUAUGCUGGGGUCAAAGUUAAUCUUUGUAUCCAGACGGGGAAACUCGGCGGGACGUUAAAUGACUGCAGGAUACUGUGCUGUGAUUUCCAUUACAUUAUCUGUAACCUUAAAAAACUAUAUAUUAUUAUUCAAGCUCUUCUCGAACCUUAGAUAAGCUUUUUUUAAUUUUAUACUGUGUACGUGUUUGUUUUGUAGCCCAGUCUUUUUAAGUAGCACUUUAGAUUUUGUAUUGUUCCUACAUUCAUUAUGGAAGACAUUUCAUAUUCAAUAUGUGUGCAUUGUAAAAUAAUAACUGAAUGAUUUGUAGUAAAACAGAGAUAAUUUUCUCUAUUCUGUAUUCAGACCUUCAGUCAAAAUCAUUUAAUUAUUAUCUGGUCUACGUCUUAAAAUGGACCAAAUACCCUACAUUCAGUUGAGUCUUAGUUUAUUGACUCUAAGUGUUUUGUUAUAAACAUUUUUGGAAUUAAAAUAGAAAUUAAGAAGUCCUGCACGUAUAAUUUUAGUACAUAUGUCAUAUGGAGUUUCUAGAUACUGUGAUGUUUGCACUGUUUUGUUUUCAAAAGUGAAUUUUAUGUCUGAUGGAUCAUGGUGUAUAUUUGAAUUUUUGUGGAUGUAUAAUGGAUUAUUAAUAAAAAAAAUCUUUUGGUAACAAAGA